AUGGGCACAGAACGGUGGUGGUCGCCAGUUGGCACGAGACUGUUUGGUUAUAUUUGCAAAGACAAGUAUGCAAUAACACACAAUUCGAUACUGCUGCCUGCUGGACCUCUGUGGGAUGUCAUAUUCAUCUUGGUUUUAUAUCAUGGCGGACGAGAUCGAUUUGCUAAUGGUCGAAAUCGAUUUAUAACAUUGUCGGGAAACGGCGUCGUAUCAGACUACUGUUCUGGCGGGACAUCUCUUUUAGUACUUCCAUUUUCGUAUAUUCAUAUUUCUUGA